AAUUUUAUCAGGGCUUUCCACUUGUGCGACGCGGAGCGUUUCGAGUGGCAGUUGUCUUUCUCUGGAAAUUUCUUCACGAUUCAAACACGAAUUAGGAACGUAAAAGAAUUGGUUUCAGUUUUUGUUUGUUCGGUUGCUGAGAAAAUUUUGGCAAUAAAAUAAAGCGAAGCUGUAGACCUUUUAUUUAGGUUUUGGAAGAGUGAGUGAGAAACUGAUUUGGGUUUCCAAGUAUUUCUGAUAAAAUUUCACCCUCAAGGAUUCACUUGGACGGCACUUCUCCAUGAUCUUCCAUGUUGAGAAAUUCGCUAAACACAUUCAUAACCUUGUCGGUCCAUCUAUAUCGUCUCGCGCUCUUUAUUCAUGUCUUUCUACUCCGUUGGAGUCGAAAACAUUGUCCGAUCUUGACAUUGUCAUCGCUAACAUUCCUGUUGGAAUCAGCGAAGUUGAAGUUGUUCGGUCGCUCUUGAAUGAUCAAGCAUGUAAUAGCAUGGAGUUGUCCUCUGACCUUGUUGAUAAGUUGCUUCAUAGGUUUAAGGAUGAUUGGAAGUCUGCGUUGGGUGUGUUCAGAUGGGCAGAGUCACGGUCGGGUUAUAGACACACACAAGAAGCAUAUGAUAUGUUGGUGGACAUAUUGGGUAAAAUGAAGGAAAUGGGCAAGAUGAAAGCUGUUCUGGAAGAAAUGGGUCAGUGUCAGCUUGUCGGGCUUAGCACUGUAGCGAAGGUGAUGAGGAGGUUUGCUGGUGCAGGGCAGUGGAAAGAGGCUGUGACGACGUUUGAUGAGUUGGGAUCUUUGGGGUUGGAGAAGAAUACGGAGUCUAUGAACUUGUUGCUCGACACCCUUUGCAAAGAGAACAAGGUUGAGCAGGCGCGCGAGGUGUUCCUAGAGCUCAAGUCACAUAUUUCACCGAAUGCUCACACGUUUAACAUUUUCAUUCAUGGUUGGUGCAAAGUGAAUCGCGUUGAUGAGGCGCAUUGGACGAUGCAAGAGAUGAGGGGGCAUGGGUGUCGCCCUUGUGUCAUUAGCUACUCAACAAUCAUUCAGUUCUAUUGCUGGCAAUGUAAAUUUUAUAAGGUCUAUGAGCUGCUUGAUGAAAUGCAAGCUCAGGGGUGCCCACCGAAUGUUGUUACUUUCACCACUAUCAUGUGUUCACUGACAAAGUCGGAGGAGUUUGAGGAAGCGUUGCAUAUUGCUGACAGAAUGAGAUCAGUUGGGUGUAAAGCUGAUACGCUCUUCUACAAUGCAUUGAUCCAUACUCUCGGGAGAGCUGGCCGUGUAGAGGAGGCUGUUCGUGUUUUUGAGGUGCAGAUGCCCAACACUGGGGUCAGCCCAAAUACGUCAACCUGUAAUUCAAUGAUUGCUAUGUUUUGCCAUCAUGGUCAGGAACAAAAAGCCUUGAAUGUCCUCAGGGACAUGGAAAAAUCAGACCUUUGUAAGCCUGAUGUUCAGACAUACUACCCAUUGCUCAAGGUGUGCUUUAAAACUAGGAAUACGGACAGUUUUUUGAGUAAAUUAUUGGAUGACAUGGUCAAUAAGCAUCACCUUUGUCUUGAUAUAUCAACCUAUGCACUUCUAAUUCAUGGGCUUUGCCGAGCAAAUAAAUGUGAGCGGGCUUACUCACUCUUUGUGGAGAUGAUUGGUCAAGGGAUAACUCCUAGAUAUCAGACAUGCCGUUUGCUAUUGGAUGAAGUCAAACAGAAGAACAUGUAUGAUGCUGCUGAAAGGAUUGAAGAUUUAAUGAAAAAGUUAUAAGUUGUUCAAGUAACAAGCAUGUCAAGAGAAUUGGCAGUUUAGUGUAAUAUCAUCAAAGGCAUAUUGACAAAGCAGGCAAGACCGCAGGACAUCUGCCAUCACUGACAGUAAUCCAAGUAAGAGCUUUGGAGGGAUUGGGAUUGUGCAUGUAACGAAAGGCAUUAAUACUCAGCAGGCUGCACACGAAGUCAAGUUCAUCACCAUGGUCUUAAUAUCCUUCAAUUGUGGGACAUAUUAAGUUCCAUGUUUUCCCAUGUCACCUACUUGACAAAUAACUUGCAUUUGGUGGACUGAGAAGGAAAAGCAUUGCCUUUUUUUUCCUCGUGGAGAUUUUUAAUUGCAUCUGCGUACAACUACUUGAGGAUUCAGCAAACCAUCUUAAUUGGAGUCACAAAUGAUCAUCAUAAGACUGUAAGGAACAUUCUCCUAUUUGUUUAUCCUGAUAUAUGUUCAUCAAUUCUGAAUGUUAAUGGGAGCAGAAUAUGGUUUCA